CGGGCUGUCUCAGGCUCCUUUCGUUGGAAAAACCAAUUGAUGUUUAUUAUAAUUUAUACUGCAAUUUUACGAAGGGUAUUUUAUUGUCACUGAACAAGAAAUGCAGUGAGGGAUUUCCAUCAAAUUUUAUAAUUUUCUAAUAUUCUAAUAAAAACAUAAUCAUGUGUAUUGGUCCGUGUUGAGGAUACAAAAACGGUGCUAGCGCUGCCAUCUCAUAUGGUAUAUGAAAUUGUUCGAAUGAAUACGUGGCCGAUAGACGUAUUUGACACGUAAACUCGUUCAGGAGAAAUGUUCAGAGUGGUUUCCUCUCGUGGUCAACACAUGCUCAUAGACUCGGUUGAAUUCAAAGCAGAGGACUCAAAGUUAAGUUGCCAAUUCUGGGUAUAGUUUUUAACAAUUAAAUGUAUGAAAAGUGAAAGUAAAUGAUUAUCCGGCAUCAUCAGUAUAUUUUUCAAAAUUACGUGCUUAAUUACAUGCCAAGCCGUGUUAAAUAAAUAUGCGAUUGUGUUUCUAACCUAUCAUUUAAUAAUUCCCCCUUUGAAGUUGGUGAACGAUGAGAUUAAUACCAAAGGAAAUUCUAAUCGAUCGUUUUUAAAUUAAUGUUGACAUUUGACGGCACCUGAUUGAAUUUUAUAAAAAUGAUGCUGUCAUGUAUGAAGGAUCAUUUGCUUGCGUGGCAUAUACAUAUUGCCACGUUACUUAUUGCAUUCAGCAAUAUUCCACCUGGUAUCGAAUGUCUGGAAGUGAUAUACGCAAUCAAUGCUGGUGGGGAGGCGCAUGUCGACAGUAUAGGUGUACGAUAUAUGAAAGAUCCACUAAUGGGAAAAAUUGGUACUGCCUCAGACUAUGGAAAACAGUUAAUCAUAGGACGUGUCAAUAGCGUAGAUCAAAUACUCUAUCAGACUGAACGUUACCACCAUAGUACAUUUGGUUACGACAUACCAAUAAAAGAGGAUGGAGACUAUGUGAUGGUGCUAAGGUUCUGCGAGGUUUACUUCAAUUCCCCAAAUAUGAAGGUGUUUGAUGUCGUAUUAAAUGGAGAUCAUACCAUCGUUACGGAUUUAGACAUAUUCGAAAAAGUUGGACGUGGAGUAGCUCAUGACGAAUACAUACCAUUCAAAGUACAAAAAGGAAAAUUAAUAUACAAUGACGAGGAAUCGGACAUACUUGGUGGCAAGAUAAGGGUCGAAUUUAUUAAGGGUUACAGGGACAAUCCGAAGAUUAAUGCCAUAGCUGUAGUCAAAGGCAAAUUAGAAGAUGUACCUCAAUUGGGGCCGAUCCCUCAAGAACCGGAGGAAUACCGUGGCAUGCAGGAUGAAGAAGAAGAGGCCGUUGUUCGCAGUCGGCACACUAGUGGACCGCGCACGCCAGAUCCCUACUCGAUAGAUGACACAUCAAUUUUACUUCCUAUUUAUGUAGCAAUAGGAGCAUUUAUACCUCUCCUUUUCUGUUUAUGCAAACUUUAAUUUAGCUCCGGAUAGAUUCCUAUUCCGCCAACUUCCUAGUUUUCAUACACUUAAUUAAUAUAAGGACAUAUAGAAGGCAUAAAAAUAUGAUUUUCUAUUGUUAGUGAGCUAUUAAUAUGUUGCUUGACGUACAACCCAAAUUACAGAGAAUUUAUUGCAUUGUGCUAAAGAUUAUAUUAAAUUAUUUCAUUUAUAGGUGAUAAUAUUGUCGGUUAGUAUUUAUAUAAUUAAUGAUAAUUAACUUUUUGUUAUUUACCAGACAGGAUCAAUGUCUGCAGAUAGAUGAACAUUUGCCAAUCCAUACGAUUGAAUCUGCUUACCUAUUACGUAAAGUAUUCAAUUAGACUGCUACAAUGUCACCUUGUGAUCCUAGAGAAACUUUAAUUAGUUGAAAAUGCUAGCUGUGAAUAAGGACAAUUCACACCAUGUACGGAAUUAUUUAAUAAACAGUUGUAUCCAA